AUUUCGAUGGCGUGACGGAGAGAGAGAGAGGCAAAUCGAAUAGAAACGUUUGGAAAGAAAUUUGUAACAUAAAAGGGAGAAAGAGAGAGAGGGGAUGCAAAUUCCAUGAGCGCAGAAGAGGUGCCUCUUACUCGUCUCGUCAUUCACCGUUACGAGUACGACCCCUCCUCUCGCUCUUUCUUCUCUUCCCUUCCUUCAUUCCUGCGCCUCUGAAACAUGGAGGACACCUUCGUUUUCCAGUGGACCGUUAUCAGAUCUCUCUUGUCCAUCCUUCAGUGGUGGGCCUUCAAUGUCACCGUUAUCAUCGUCAACAAGUGGAUCUUCCAGAAAUUGGAUUUCAAGUUUCCCCUAUCAGUUUCCUGUGUCCACUUUAUCUGUUCAGCCAUUGGAGGAUAUGUGGUAAUUAAGGUGCUGAAGCUUAAACCACUGAUAACUGUUGACCCUGAAGAUCGCUGGAGAAGAAUCUUUCCUAUGUCAUUUGUAUUCUGCAUUAACAUAGUUCUGGGGAAUGUGAGCUUAAGAUACAUUCCAGUUUCUUUUAUGCAGACUAUAAAGUCAUUCACACCUGCCACCACAGUUUUUUUGCAAUGGCUAGUGUGGAGGAAGUAUUUUGACUGGCGUAUUUGGGCUUCUCUUAUACCCAUUGUUGGAGGGAUUCUUCUCACAUCUGUAACAGAGCUUAGUUUUAAUAUGUUUGGAUUUUGUGCUGCCUUAUUUGGCUGUUUGGCUACAUCUACGAAGACUAUUCUUGCAGAAUCUCUUUUGCAUGGAUACAAAUUUGACAGCAUAAACACAGUCUACUACAUGGCACCUUUUGCAACCAUGAUCUUGGCGCUUCCUGCCAUGUUACUUGAAGGCAAUGGAAUCCUUGAAUGGUUAAAUACUCAUCCGUAUCCUUGGUCAGCUCUCAUCAUCAUUUUUAGCUCCGGGGUGUUGGCUUUUUGUCUUAACUUCUCCAUUUUUUACGUGAUUCACUCCACCACUGCUGUAACAUUUAAUGUUGCCGGAAAUCUUAAGGUUGCAGUCGCUGUCCUUGUUUCUUGGCUGAUAUUUAGGAAUCCAAUUUCAUAUUUAAAUUCUGUUGGAUGUGCCGUGACUCUUGUGGGAUGUACAUUCUAUGGGUAUGUGAGGCACAAACUAUCCCAACAGCCACCAGUCCCAGGAACUCCUCGGACACCCAGGACACCCAGGACCCCUCGGAGUAAGAUGGAGUUGCUUCCUCUUGUAAAUGAUAAAUUAGAAGAUAAGGUCUAGAUCAUUUAGCUGCGUAUGAUGUUUCAGCCUUUUGGAAGGUGCUAAUAGGUACAAAAAUAUUAAAAUGACUUUGUUUAUUUAUUGUUAGAUUACCCCCAAAAAUUUUAAUACAAACUUUCUUUUUUCUUUUACUUU